GCCCACAACAUCGCUUUAAUAAUACCAAACAUGCAUUGGAAAACCACCAUCUCUUUGUCCUUUUGGUAUGCAAAUCACAUGGCUUUGCAUUAGACUAGCCCAACCUAAAUGAAACAAGAGUUUUAAGUGCUGCCCAACCUUGUGGAAUAUAUGUAAUGGUUAUGGCUUUCAACACAAAAACCAGAUCUUGGAUUGGAAUUUAGCUGCAGAGCUCCUCUUAGCAAUCUAUUUUGCCUCAUUUCUUUGAUCAAAAUCUACAGCCAUGAUUAACACAAAGAGACUUCUUGCAAUAGCAUUCGUGGCCGAAAUUCGCAGCUAUAAGAAGCGGAAAUCAUUACAAAGAAGCAGAAGUGAUGAUCUGUGUUCAUCAUCAGUAGCUAAUGAAGGUCAUUUUGUUGUGUACACAAUCGAUAGAAAGCGUUUUGAGUUUCCAUUGGAAUAUUAAGAGUUUGGACUGCCAACUGAAGGGCCUAUUACACUGCCUUUUGAGAGUAUGUUCUUGGAGUAUGUUAUUAGGUUGGUUCAUGGAAAUGUAGCUAAAGAUCUAGAGAAAGCCGUGCUUACUCCCAUGUCAAGAUGUCAUUGCUCAGGGUCAUCUACACAAGGACUUGGAGAGCUACCACUCAAGGAUUAUAUUUGGAUUCUAAAGAAAUCAUGUUGUGAUGAAUUAGAAAAUUUUGUAUAUUGAUAUGUAGAGUCUAGACAUAGUAACAUUCCACACUUGGUUUCUCAAUUUUGCAGGACCAAAA